CAUUUCAGAAUUGCGUUAUUACUAGCACUUAGGUCCCAUAGAAGAGGUACCUUCUCCCUCCAACUUUAGGGUAGGAUGGUCAAUAUGAAAGAACCAAAUUCCCUCCAGCCACUUAUGGACUGACUGUCAGUCUCCAAGUCGAUUCCUUCAUCCAAUCAAAGAACCAUUGAAAUUUCAAGCGAAAACCCCAAUUUUAGGCGAACACGAUGGCGAUGAUGAAAAUGAAAUUUAACCUGAGGAAUCGAGUCAAACUGGCUCAGGGGAUAUGGCUUUUGAAUUGGUGCAGUGUUUUGGCCGGCAUUGCCCUGUUCACCAUGGGAUUGUUCCUCAAAAUUGAGCUGAGGAAAAGAAGCGAAGUGAUGGAUAAUGCUGAAAGCCAUUUUGUGCCCAAUUCCCUUAUUCUUAUGGGGGUUCUGGCCUGUUCUCUUAAUGCAUUUGCUGGGAAAAUCUGUUACGAUUCUCUGGAUCCGACAAAGUUUGCAAAGUGGAAACCAAUGCUGAAACCUUAUCUGGUUAUUUGUCUGCUCUUCAACGUCUUCAUUUUCUUCACUGCUGUGAUAUGCUUUCUGGCCAGUGGGUCCUUGGAGAACACCCUGGCACUUGGGCUGAAGAACGGGAUGCGUUACUAUAAGGAUACCGACACCCCAGGGCGAUGCUUCAUGAAGAAGACCAUAGAUCUGCUCCAGAUUGAGUUCAAAUGCUGUGGGAACAAGGGCUACAGAGAUUGGUUCGAGAUCCAGUGGGUCAGCAACCGAUACCUGGACUUCAGUUCCAAGGAGGUCAAAGAUCGGAUUAAAAGUAAUGUGGAUGGAAAAUAUUUGAUUGACGGUGUACCAUUUAGCUGCUGCAACCCCAGCUCCCCCAGACCAUGCAUCCAGAUGCAGGUGACCAAUAACUCGGCCCAUUACAGCUACGACCUUCAGACAGAAGAACUGAACCUAUGGACCAGGGGCUGUAAGGAAGCUCUGCUCACCUACUACACCAGCAUGAUGAGCAGCAUGGGGGCUCUGGUCUUACUCGUCUGGUUAAUGGAGAUGGCCGACAUGAUUGGGCUCCGUUACUUGCACACCUGCCUGGAUAGUCUCACAAACCCCGAAGAUCCUGAGAGUGAAAGUGAGGGCUGGCUGCUUGAGAAAAGCUUCAAAGAGACUGCCAGCUCUUUCUUGGGACUCGUGAAAAGUCUGGGUAAGAUGAACCAGGUGCAAAGCGCCGAAGGAGAUGGAGGAGACAAGACCCCGACAGUGGCCACCGUCAGCUGAAUACCAGGACUAACCAGGACUUUCUAAGUCAUCUUUUCAAAUGUGAAAAUUAUCACUUUGAAAAAAAAAAAUCUGCAAACUCCAAAAAUUCCAUAGAUUUUCAAUAAUAUGCAAUAAUACAUAAACUGAAUCUCCAUAAAUAAAAUCAUGUUUAUACUAUAAGCAUGUUAUAAAAACAUUUUGAUGUGUGUAUAUGGAACACACACUAAACUAUAUUUUUAAUUUUCCAUAAAGGGGAUUGGACCUGUAAAUUGAUGCACAUACAUUAUACAGUGAUAAGGAAUUCUUAUAGUAACAUGCUUUUAUUACAGGCUGAAAGGAGGGCUUAUUGUACUGUACAUAUAUACUGCAUAUUCCUAUAGAAAGGGCUCACGGGGAGGACCGAAGACAAGAAGUGAAAUGUUGGUAGACUUGAUAGUUGGCUGGUGUAACUAGAACUGGUUUGUGUAAAUGAUCACCCCAUAAUCUCAAUCUCGGCUGUCCAAUGCGUUACUUAGAGGUGCUCACAUACUGUAUAAGCCAAAGUGACUGUGAAAGUUGCUUCAGGCCUGACAUUUUUUUUUAAGCCUUUAUGACCUAAACCAGCAGGUCAAAAGCAAGUAUUCUGCUAAACGUCAUACAACGGUGAAUACUGCUGGAGGCUGGUCAGGGUCUAUGGCUCACAUAGGAUCCCAAGAGUUUCUUGGUAACAAGAAUAUGGGUGAAAAAAAAAAUUAUGCAUGUGACUUUGCUUGUAUAUUGUAUAAUUCUUGUAUAAUACAGAAUAACAUUAUUUUAAAAUAUGUAGCCGAUGGAUUUUCAUGAAAUGUCAAUAUAACUUUAGUGAAGACCCAUCUGACCAGACAGGAUGUUCAUGCCAAUGCAGGCUGUAUACAUAUUUAGUGACAACAAUAA